AUGUCACUCGUCCGUUGCUUAUCCAUCAGGUCGGUGCGCCGUUAUCGAUCCUCUUAUGCUUGUCUCAUUCCUCUUCGCGAUGAAGAAGCUACACGCCAAUUCCCAGAAACUCGGAGUUACCACAGUUUCAUCCACCACCAGAGCUCCAACUUCUCUCGCAAUCGCUCUUCCUUGUUCCAGUCCCCAGUGAUUCUUCUGUCUCAUCGCACCCUUUGGGUUUUGAAAUCUGCGGUUUCUAAUGUCUACGCGUUACACAAUGUUGCUGAUGCUCUUGUUUCAUUUCAACACUUGAUUGACUUGCUCAAUGCUUUCACAGUUUCUCAAUGGUGGGUGUGUAUCAUCGUCACAUCGCUUUUGAUUCGUGGAGUGACAAUUCCGGUUUUGAUUGAUUGCCUAAACAACAUUGCAAAUGGUGAUUUUCGCUUCAUACAGAAUGUUGGGUUGCACCCUGCUUCAGCCCAAGAGGUGACUCUAAAUAAGGUGUCACUUCUCAGUAAAAGUGGAAGAGUAAUGUACACCAUGUUGGAAAAGGAGUUUCUUGGAGUGAAAGGAUCAAUCAUGGGUAAGGGCAUUCAAGUUCCUGUCUUCUGGCUCUCCAUGGAGGAGUUAAGACAAAACAUGGCUGGGAUUCUUGUUUCCUGUCUUUGUGGUAAGACAUUUUCGGCUGAGCUUAUCAGGAACAUAGUAUUGAGCAAAGGACGCUUAUUGGUGGUAGUUGGUGAUGGAUUUGGUGUUGAAAUACAAAUGUUCGAUCUUGAUUUCUCUCUUAUCCUCAAGCGUCGUCAAGCCCAGAAGCGGGCUCACCAAUACCAUCAAUAUCUACUGGAGUAG